GGCUUUCGCAUUACAAACGCUUCAAGCGCCGAGAGCCCCGCGCUCCUCUGAAACCAUAAGAAACAAAAAGGAAAAUCUCUCUUCUCUUUCUUUAUCUCUCUGAAAAUCUCUCUCUCUAGGAACCAGUCUAUCAAGCCCUAAUUCUUUUUCUGCCUCUUCAUGGCGUAGCUCUUGGAAUUCCAUUUCAUACUUCGCCAUGCACUUACCAGAUCGGUCUAGAGCGUCUGCUUUUUUUGGCGUAGCUUUUGGGAGCAGUAUGCCUCAGAUCCAUGGAUUUAGGGUUUUCUCUCUCUGCAACCAAUGUGAGUUUUGCUUUCUCUGCUGUCUCGAUGGUGUGUGUCGAGCUUGAGGUUUGUGAGAGGAAGUGGUGAAAAUGGAGAGGAAGAAGUAUCCGAUCAAGGCUGAGGAUUACAGGCUCCAUGAGGAGAUUGGACAUGGUGUUAGUGCUAAGGUUUUUAGGGCAAUAUGCAUUCCUUUGAAUGAGAUCAUUGCUAUCAAGGUUCUGGAUUUUGAGAAGACGAACAGUAAUUUGGAUAAUAUCCGUCGAGAGGCACAAACAAUGAUUUUGGUGGAUCAUCCAAAUGUCCUUAAAGCACAUUGUUCCUUUGUACAUGAGCAUACCCUUUGGGUUGUCAUGCCCUACAUGGCCGGUGGAUCCUGCCUUCAUAUAUUGAAGCAUGCGUAUCCAGAUGGUUUUGAGGAGACAAUCAUAGCGACUGUUUUACGUGAAGCGUUAAAGGGCAUAGCGUAUCUUCAUCAUCAUGGGCACAUUCACCGAGAUAUCAAGGCUGGAAAUAUCUUAGUUGAAGCAACUGGUGCAAUUAAGCUGGGCGAUUUUGGUGUUUCUGUAUGCCUUUAUGAUUCAGGUGAUAGGCAGCGCUCCAGAAAUACAUUUGUUGGGACACCUUGCUGGAUGGCACCUGAAGUGAUGGAGCAGUUACAUGGCUAUAACUUUAAGGCAGAUAUAUGGUCUUUUGGCAUAACUGCAUUAGAACUAGCUCAUGGUCAUGCUCCUUUUUCAAAAUAUCCUCCUAUGAAGGUUUUGCUUAUGACCUUGCAAAAUGCUCCACCAGGCCUUGAUUAUGAGAGAGAUAAGAAGUUCUCAAAGUCUUUCAAGCAAAUGAUCGCUAUGUGCUUGGCGAAAGAUCCUUCAAAACGUCCCAGUGCUGAAAAGCUUCUGAAACACGCGUUCUUUAAGCAAGCAAGGUCCAAUGAUUACAUGGCAAGGACUAUAUUGGAUGGAAUGCCUUCUCUUGGUGAUCGCAUUAGACACUUGAAGGAUAAAGAAGCUGAUAUGCUUGCACAAAAGAAAAUGCCUGAUGGUGAGAAAGAGGAGAGAUCCCAGAAUGAAUACAAUCGAGGGAUCAGUGCCUGGAACUUUAAUAUUGAAGAUGUGAAAGCUCAGGCUUCUUUGAUUCCAGAUGUCGAUGAUAUUCUUCCUGAUAAAGAUCAAGGAAUGCUUGGGUUUUAUGAUUCGCUAGAGAAAGAUUCAAAUUGCCAGCCCGCGGUCAUGGAUAUUUCUGAUAUGGUUGCUACAGAUGGAGGUCAUGCGACUGGACCUGGAGAUGCACAUCUUCCCUUGCCAGGCCAAGAUCCUAAGAUUAUCAGGUUCAAAGCUCAUGGAUUCGAGGAUGACUUUGAUGCUCUCAGUUUAACCGGUGAAGGCAGUGCUAGGCAGAGUACUUCAGUCAUGGAGUUGCAGUGUAACAAUGCUGAUAUUGAGAAGUUUGCGAAUGAACAAGAAGUUGUCUCAAACCCUUUUCUCCCACUUGCCACAUACAAAGGAGAAAGGUUUAAAUAUUUAAAUAUUAUCAUUUUAUCAGAGACAUUUAUUCUUAUUGUUAUCAUGAGAAAUAGGAAGGUGAUUGAGGCUUAUGCCUCAUCAGCAUAUUUAACCAAUUCUGAUGACCUUGAUGAAAAAUCAAAGGGGCCUGUUGUCCAGCAAAAAGGGCGUUUCAAAGUCACAUCUGAGAAUGUUGAUUUAGAAAAGGUACCCCAUUCUCCUGUCUUACAAAAAAGUCAUAGCCUGCAGGUGAUUACUCAACUUCCUUCAAAUUGUCUUCCAUCACCAUCUGAUUCUACAAUCUAUCUUCCCAGUUCUAUGCUUUAUCCACAAAUUCAAUCAGUCUUGUAUUCAAAUGUUGUUCAGAGGGAUUACCUUCUCCAAAUGUUGAAGACCGUGAGUACUGGUGAUGCUUAUACAGCUAGUCGUCUAUUUUGUACAGCUAAUUGUGUGAACGAUCUUGGAUCCACAUCUUUCUCUAACAUAGCUUCAGAGAAAUCUUUGCUCGAGGCAGCAAAUGAGAGAGAGAAAGAGUUGUUGGCUGAAGUAUCUGAUUUGCAGUGGAGGCUCAUUUGUGCCUCAGAAGAACUGCAGAGAUAUAAGGCAAGGGAUGCUCAGGUUUGAAACCAAACCAAGUUUUUUGCUUCUUUGGAUGGAACUUUACCUCGGUAUAGUCUUACUAAGGUAUGAGAAGAAAUUUCGCACAAUAGUUCAGAAAGGGGAUGUCAAUAUCUUUUUUUCUUUUCUUUCCUUUUUUCCUUCUUUUUUCUGAUAAUCAGGGGUGUCAAUAGUUUGGUGUGGUAAUCUGGUAACAGUUGAGGAAUUGGUGGGUUUGUGAGGCUUCUUUUAAAUAUGGCCUUUGUGGAGUUCCUAAGACUGAGCUAGCUCAUCUCCGAGUUCCUAUCCACUGGUGUGCAGGUUUUCUUUGUGUUUUGUAGAGAUUUUUUUACCUCUGAUAUUUGUACGGUGGCUGUUUGUAACAUAAUAUAUCUCCUUUAUUUGAUAAAAGGCCAUCUUUCUUAAG